AUGGAGGGAAUUAGAUAUCCAAAUCAUAAUGAUCCAAUUGCUCCAGCUGAUGCAAAUGAUAGACAAGAUCCACCCCCUGUUAUUCCAGUUGCUCCUACUCAAGUAGCUGCAAGACCAAUUCAUGAGUUGGCAAUCUCACUCAUGAACCAUGCUACUAACAGUAUUCGUAAGCCUGAGCUAGGCAGUCAUUUUGAAUUAAAGAAAAAUAUGGCACAAUUUGCAUCAGAUUUGAAGAAUCAACAGUUGAUCACAAAGAAUUUAGAGCUACAAAUUGGGCAACUUAUGGGAGCACAGAACACAAGACCUCAAAAAGGUUUUCCUAGUGAUACAAAGGCCAAUCCAAAGCAGGUGAACACUGUUACAACAAGGAGUAGUUUGCAGUUGAAGGAGGUAGAGCCUAUAAAGGAUAGUCCCACAGUUGUUGAUGAUGAAUCAAAUAAGAAAGUGGAGACCACAGUUAGGGAUAAGGGUACACGUAAGGAAAUGAAGAUGGGUCUUGGGAGUCCAAAACCCACAACCAUUGUAUUACAGUUGGCGGAUAGGUCUCUUGCUAGGCCUGCUGGUAUAGUUGAAGACGUUUUAGUGCAAGUGGGAUCUUUGAUCUUUCCUGUGGAUUUUGUUAUUCUAGACUUCGAAGCUGACCUAGUGAUCCCAUUUAUUUUGGGGUGCCCUUUCUUAGCAACUGGGAAUUCAUUAAUUGAUGUAGCUGCUGGAAAAAUGGCGAUGAGAACACAUGAUAAAGUAGAGGUUUUUGAUGUGUAUAGAGCUCUAAAAUUUCCAGCCAUAUAUAAUGAAUUGUCUGCCAUUUUAGUUAUAGAAUUUGAGUUCGACCUCAGGCAAUUAUUGUCAGAUGACUCUCUUGAGCGGGCUAUGGUGGGUCACGAUAUUCAUGGAGAUGUAGAGGAAAUGGCAUUGGUUCAAGUCAUGGAUUAG